UCUAUAUCUGCUCUCUCUCUCUAUUUGCUCUUCUCUCUCUUCUUUUAACGUGUAUGUAUGUAUAUGUGGAGAGAGAGGAGGUGUAAAUGUUACUGUUUUGGCUAUCUGCUCAGAAUAAGGAAAGGGAAGCGGUAGGGUUAGCGGCGAAAGCGAUGGGGUGUUUGUUCGGCUGUUUUGGUAUCAAGGAAUCUCGCUCCGUUCCAGCUCCUCCACAGGAGGUGGCCGUUUCUCGCAGUAAAAAUGCACUGUCGUCGUUGUUUGUUUCUGAUGAUGAAACACUUCUAAAAGGAGAGGAAGGUCAGAAUCCAGUGCUUCGACAACAUGACAUCAAGGAGCUCAACAGCGAGGUAAAGUUUAUCAAAACAACUGAAGUUCAAAAGGAUUUGGGAAAAGAGAAUGAUGUGACAUCUUACAAUGGAGAAGAAAAUUCUUCAAAAUUCACUUCAUGGUUUUCGAAUGCAUCCAUUGAUAAAUUGAAACAGGAGAAGGAAUCUUUUGGUUCCCCGGUAGCCGUUAAAAUUCACGACGACUGUGUUACUGGAUCAGGAUCUCCCAGCAGUUGCAUGACGGAUGGACAAAACACGGGCCGAGUCUCAAGCACCUCCUACCAAAGAAGUGUUCACAAUGCCGUUGCAUCAUCCGAUAUGCAAGGCAGCGAAACUCGUUCUGGAACCUCAUCCAUUUCGCCCCUGCCCUUUCCUAAAUUCCCAACCAAAUCAGCUCAUUUUACAUUUGAAUCCAACCGAUCUAGCUUUUCAUCUGAGGGCUCUUCAUAUGAAUGUGUUAGCAAUUGUUGGAAACAAUCUGGCUUCACGGGAGACAAAACUGUACCACAGCCAUGCCCGUAUCCAACACCUUUGAAAUUAACCGAUGAAAUGCAAACUCCGGGCACCGAAGUCCCUCCUUACAAAGAUGAUGCAUGCAGUCAGGAACUUCCCAACAACAGAUCUCAGCGUGCAUACUAUGUCUGGAAUCCGGUCUUAAACUUCUCAGCUUCGGACAACAAAAGCUCUUCAAACGACUUUAGAGAAUCAGAUGAAGAUACUUUGAUCCCAACCCCGAUGUUGGGACCACCAGCACCUGAGGAUGACAGAAGCUUAUCAUCUUGGUUCAAACUAGUUUCCAUGAACCAAGGCGGCCUUAACAAACGAUUCGAUUCUGUUUCGGCUGAAAAAGUUGGUGCUAAAACUCCCGGAGACAGGCCCAUUAUAGGUAUGGUUGCAGCUUACUGGAACAAAGAGGAAGAGCCUCAUAUUCCGCCUAAAUGGUGGGAUGGAAAUGGCAUUCCAAAUUCGACUAACAAGUACAAAGAGGAUCAAAAAGUUAGUUGGCACGCAACGCCCUUCGAGGAGAGACUAGAAAAGGCACUGUCUGAAGAAACUUGUGUAACUCGAAGGAAGCCCGUCGACAGCCCUCCUCCAGUGGACUUCGAUGAAACUGAGGAAUCCGACACUGCCUUGUCCCGUCUGCAGUCCACUUCAAAGCCCUGACGAGCACCGGCGAAUCCGGCAUUCGAUUAUCUCUGUGAGUUCCCUGUGUUUUUUGUCAUAUAUUUUUGUUCCAGCAAACAUUGGUAUGCUGUCAGCUUCUCUGAUGGUCUGAACUCUAUAGAUAUAUACAUAUAUAUAUAUGUGUGUGUGUUUGGUAUGGGUUUGAAGGUGUGUGUGAUAUGUAUAAUCCAGGUGAUCUUCCAAUACUUUGCCAAGAUCUGAUCUUCAAUGAAAAUGGUGGGAAUGGCUUCU